AUGAAAUGCUCGGAUAGAAUUUGGUUGGCUCGUCAAGCUCCAAAUAUUAAAUGUCAACCAAGCACAUUCCAAUUCUUUAACGAGAAGGGAGGAUAUAUUUACUAUGGCGUCUAUAAUUUAGAAACUGGUAAUGCCUCACUCAAUCAGAUAGACUCUGAUCCCGAUCUUUCAAUCCUUGGCUUUUUACCAAAGAACUCAUCAAGCAAUGAAGUCAUCGCUUUUGGUAUAACUCAAACUACUCUACAAAUCGAUGGUUUAGAUACGGAUCAAAAUUCUAUUAGUCCAAUCUUUACAAUCAAACCAUCCUAUAAAUACGAUUAUGCUGCACAACAAUUUGUAUUGAACAGAUUUAAUACUAUAUUGGUUCCAGGGUCAACUCUUUUAAAUGGAAAGAACUAUUUAUCAUUAUUACAAUUCAAAUUUGGUAGUAACACGAGAUUACCACCAAUUCCAUUAGGUCAAGGUAUUAUUCCAACAGGAGGAUCACCAAUUUAUCCACUCGGUGCUUAUGAUCCAAUCCUACAAGAUUAUUAUAUUUACUAUACUGUUGGUGGUCAGACUGCUAUCAUCAAGUACAAUUUUAUCAUUAAUUCCUAUGCCAUCCUACCACUCGAUUUCGUACCAACCAAAUUAAAUGGAAUCGAUCAACUCUUUUUCUUCAAGGGUGACCUCUUUUACUGUCGUAUUGAUAAGGGUGUUGGUGUUACCAUUGCUCUGAUGUCAUUGGGUGGCGAAGUCAACUAUCUCUACAAAGACACCAACGCUGACAAGAAGUUCAGUGUUACCAUUCAACCAUUUGUAUUUGAUCAACCAUCCGGAACAGUAUCUAUACUCAACCCAGUCGGUGAUACUCUUUAUCUAGAUGUAUUUGAUCUCACAUCUUACGAGGUUACAUCAUUCACAAAACCAAAUAAUAUUCCAACUGGUACUUUUGUUAUUUCUACAUUAUAUCAAUAA